GCAUCACUCCUCAUCUCAUUGACCUUCACUUAAUCUAAGUUGGCAGACAUGCUUUUUCUUUUUCCUUCACAUGCAGGAACACCAAGAAGAAGAAAAGCAAAAGAGCCAACAAUCAGCCGUCCACAGGUCCCUGAGGCUCUGAAAAUGGGAAACUGGAAUUCAAUGCCCGAACCAGAGGUGGUCAAGCCUCCUCCCAGCCCUCUCCUCAAACGGCCUUGGAGGAAACAGGAAUUUAACACAUCCACAAGAAAUAAUCUGCUGGAGUUCAUUAGAAACUACCAGAGCCUCACAGAGAUGGUGGAAGAGCCAAGAAUCCUACUGACUGGACAGAUUGGCGCCAGAAAAAGCAGCUUCUUCAAUUCAGUCAACGCUGUUUUCAAAGGACGUGCAACAUUCCAGGCCAUGGCUGGACAUGGGUUGGUCAGCAUGAGCAAACAGUACAGGACAUAUCCAGUUGAAGAUGGAAGAUGUGGGAAGAAGCUGCCCUUCAUUCUAUGUGACACCAUGGGACUGGAUGGAAACAGUGACAAGGAAGAGGGAAUCCAUGUGGACGAUGUCAUUAGUGUCAUUCAAGGACAUGUUCCAGAUUUAUAUGAGAUGAGACUUGUUUGUUCUUUAAAAAAGAAAAAAUAUCAAUACACAAUGUGUCUCAAUACAAUAAUUAUGUCACCGAUAACGUAGGCAUUGCCAGAGCAUUGCUUU